GUCUAUGUCUCCCCGCCCUCUCUCCCGGCCACCCCUGGGUUCUAGGAAGAUGGCGAAGGUUACAGAGCGUUAUGAUGUGACUUGGGAAGAAAUGCGAGAUAAAAUGAGAAAAUGGAGAGAAGAAAACUCAAGAAAUAGUGAACAAAUUAUGGAAGUUGGAGAAGAACUAAUUAAUGAUUAUGCUUCUAAGCUUGGGGAUGACAUUUGGAUCAUAUAUGAGCAGGUGAUGAUUGCAGCCCUAGACUAUGGUCGGGAUGACUUGGCAUUGUUUUGCCUUCAGGAAUUAAGAAGACAGUUCCCUGGUAGUCACAGAGUUAAGCGGUUAACAGGCAUGCGAUUUGAAGCUAUGGAAAGAUAUGAUGAUGCUAUACAGCUGUAUGAUCGCAUUUUGCAAGAAGAUCCAACUAACACUGCUGCAAGAAAGCGUAAGAUUGCCAUUCGAAAAGCCCAGGGGAAAAAUGUGGAGGCCAUUCGAGAGCUGAAUGAGUAUCUGGAACAAUUUGUUGGAGACCAAGAAGCCUGGCAUGAACUUGCAGAACUUUAUAUCAAUGAACAUGACUAUGCCAAGGCAGCCUUCUGCUUAGAGGAGCUCAUGAUGACGAACCCCCACAACCACUUGUACUGUCAGCAGUACGCCGAAGUCAAAUACACCCAAGGUGGACUUGAAAACCUCGAGCUUUCAAGAAAGUAUUUUGCGCAGGCACUGAAACUCAACAAUCGAAACAUGAGAGCUCUGUUUGGUCUGUACAUGUCUGCCAGUCAUAUUGCUUCUAAUCCAAAAGCCAGUGCGAAGAUGAAAAAGGACAACAUCAAAUAUGCUAGUUGGGCCGCCAGUCAAAUAAACAGGGCUUAUCAGUUUGCAGGUCGAAGUAAGAAGGAAACCAAAUACUCUCUUAAGGCAGUUGAAGACAUGUUGGAAACAUUGCAGAUCACUCAGUCUUAAGGUUUCAGAAACUCUUUGACAUUAGAUUUCAAAACUGAACAGUUGAACUUCUUGGCUUGUGACUUAUUUACUAAAUGCCUAGUGCUAUUUGCAUUCUCAUGUUCUCUGAAGAUGUCAGUUACAAUGAAUGUGUUCAAAUAAACCUGUUUGCCUUGUACUGCUAAGCAGGGAGAUGGAGGGUGUCCAUGGAAGAGAGAGUUAAGACUUACUGAUUGUAUAUCAGUCUUCUUAUCACUCCUCUGUACACCUUACUAAAUAAACCAUGAUCUAUUAAACUCAUGAAUGAAAAUUCAGGUUUCUUUUGCUGUAUUGUAAUUAGUAUGUUGUAGAGCUUGUAUAUCAGCUAAGUUCUUCUCAUUGAUGAUGAGAAUUUCACAAAGUUUAUAGCUUGCAGAAACAAAUUAUUUUGAAUGUUUUAUAGUGACAGGCUGGAAUUUGUGGCCUGUUUGGAUUUUUAUUCUUUCAAACUGUUCAAAUAUAAGUCUUGCUUAAAUGAUGUCAUUCUAUAAAGUUGCUGAUAUCCCUAUGAAA